GCUAUGGACUCAAUAUAUUUCAAUGGUUUCAGCGAUACAGGAACUGGGUUGGUAUUACGAAUAGCACGCAGACACAACAAUAUUGUGGAAAUUUGGUUUCUGAUUGAUAUACCAGGAAUUGGUAGCUUGCAGCUAGCUCAACACCCUGAUAGUAUGGUGUGCAAUAACUUGAAUGAAGGAUAUAAUGCUCUUGGUUUGGAAAUAAAACCUGUAGAAGCCAUGAAGAUAUGGAAAAUUACUUACAAUGGACUUUGCAGGUGGAAGGCUUAUACAGCGCCAUUUGAUUUUGACACUGAAUUACAUCCCAUGCUGUUGGCUGAUUCAAUUGCAAGAGAAAAUUGGUCACGAGAAUUUUUUGACAAGUUAAAACUAACACAUCAAACUCAUUAUGAACAAUGGGGUCAGAUUGAAGGAAAGAUCUACAUUGAAGGCCAUGAUGAGCACUAUGUUAUGUUAAGAGGGCUUAGAGACCAUACUUAUGGUGUACGAGGCUGGCAAUAUUUCCAUCGAUAUGCAGUACAGAUGGGUUAUAUGGAAGACGGUAGUACAUUUCAUGUGGGUGUUGUAUCAUUUCCAGACACAACAUCAUAUCUUGGUAUUGGUUACAUAUUUAAACCCAAUGGUUGUAAAAUACUGGUAUCAUCAAUAGAUAUGCCAAUUGCUGAGUUAGGUGAAGAUGGCAAUCCACCGAGGCAGUAUAAACUAAGUUUUGUUGCAGGUGGCACUGUUUAUUAUCUGAGAACAGAAGUGUACAACAGUGCAGUAUUUUAUUGUGGUCUUGAAUGGGAUGCUGUUGUUCAUGAAAGAAUGUGUCAUUUUACAUUGAAUGGGGUCAAAGGUUGGGGUAUCAGUGAAUUUCAGUAUAGAUACCGUGAUGGUUGUCCAGUCACUCGACCUGCUCCUUUACCUACAGAUCAGAAAAGACAAUAUGAUGAGGACAAACUGGUUUUACCAUUGGCUUCACUUGACUGUCAAAAUAGUCAUGCAGUAGGAGGUAAAGGAUCUCAACUAGCAGUAUUAAGUCAACUACAGAGAAUCACAAGUAACAAGUUCUCAGUACCUAAUGGUAUCUGUGUUACCAUGACAGCAUUUGAAAAACAUAUACAGGAGUUUGACAAAUUACAGAAAUUGCUGGAAGAAAUUGAAAAUGUUUCUCAUGGAUUGAAAAAAGGAGAUUUGGAAGUUGCUUGUCAAAUAUGUAGUGGACAAUUUGAAAUUGUUGAAAUGACAGAUAUCGCCAAAAAAUGUAUACAAGAUGAAUUAUCAGAAAUAUUUGGACUGGAAUUGGAAAAUAAACUAUUUGCUGUGAGAUCAUCAGCUGUAGGUGAAGAUACAAGUGAAAUGUCUGCUGCUGGACAAAUGAGAACUGAAUUAGGUGUACAAGGAAUUUCAGAGAUUUUCAAAGCUGUAUGCAAGUGUUGGGCAUCACAGUAUUCUUACCACGCUGUACAGUAUAGAAGACAACAUGGACAACCAGUAAGAUCCAGUAUGGCUGUUGUAAUACAGGAAAUGGUCACAGCACAGAGUGCAGGUGUUUUGUUUUCUAGGCAUCCAAUAACAGGUCAUCCUGGUCAGAUGGUUAUCAAUGCUAAUUAUGGUCUGGGGGAGUCUGUAGUAUCAGGAAGUAUAGAACCAGACACUAUAACCUUAGCAUGCAAGAAUGGUGAUCGUUUUGAUAUUUUAUCCAAAGAAAUUGGUUCCAAGGAAGAGCAGAUGCUGAUUGCAGAUAAAGGUGGUGUAUCGUCAAGUAAAGUCACCACAGAUGAUGCAAGGCAGUGCUGUCUCUCUGAUGCAACUGUAUUACAACUAGCAAACACAGCAAAACUGAUUGAGAAUUGUUAUGGUAACCCAAGGGAUAUCGAAUGGGCAAUUAAAGACAAUCAUGUUUAUGUACUACAAGCACGACCAAUCACAACACUUGACAUGGAAUCUGAUGAGGAUAUAAUGACAGAGUUUGAUACUCCAUUAGCUAUGAAAGAUGAGUGGAUCACAAAUGCCAACAUUGGUGAAAUGAUGCCAGGUGCAAUCACACCUCUGACAAUAUCUGUAUUUGUUAGAACAAUUGAGUAUGUGAUGCAGAGACUGCAGAUUAAAUUUGGAUUGAUUCCAAAUACCUGGCCUGUACAUAAAGCAUUAGCUGUCAGAUAUGCACAUGCAUUUAUUAAUCUUCAUAUGUUAGGAAACAUUUCAACUGAGAGAGUCAGUAUGAGCAAUAAAGAGAUGGGUGAUUUGUCUAUAUUUGGUAGAGUAGUUCAUGAUUUAACACCAAAAAUGUUAGAAGAUUAUAAUGGAAGAGAGCCAUUUUGGAGAAGACACUGGAACUCUCUUAAAUAUAUUUUGUAUAAUAUUUUGAAUCGUAACAGACUUGAUUGCUUACAACGCAUGGCUGAUACAAUUACUUUUAAAUAUGCAAACGACAAUAGCAGCUCUCUGGACCUUUAUCAAGAAAUUACUGACAAAUUACCAGAUUAUAUGCAGGCAUGGGACAUUAGUGUAGAUAACACUGCACCAAGUGGAAUUUACAGUGGGGUUCUUACAGGAAUUUUGGCAUCCUCGCACACCGGUAAACACUGGAACCAUGACCAUUUCUCAGAUAUGGCUACAUUGUUAUCAGAUUGCAAAGAUGUUGCCAGUGCUGAAGUACCCAUUGCCAUGGAGGCAGUUACCAAGGGCAUUGUUGACUGUGAUAAAUCUGAUGAAUUCAUGGCUAUGGGCACUGAAGAGGCUAUUAAGUGGUUGAAAAGUAGUGAUAGUGGUCUUGCUGGAAAACAAUUCAGAAUAUUUCUAAAAGAUCAUGGCCACCGCUGUAUCAGAGAGGCUGAGAUGAGACUACCUUCAUGGCAUAUGGAUGCUUCUACUGUUAUACCUAUUAUUCAAACAAUGUUGAAACAUCCUCAUGGAAGCAACAGGAAAGAAACUACCAUUGAAGAUGCUAUUGGUAAACUUAAAUCACCCGUUAGUUUCAUUGGAAAGUACUUCCUAAGGUGGAUAUUACCAAGGGCUAGAAAGGCAGUCGGUUGGCGUGAAUCUGGCAAGUCACUGGCAGUGAAAGUUUCCGAUCAUGUCAAGGGUGCAUAUUGGAAACUAGCUGAAUUAUUAACACGAGAGGGUAGAAUUCCAGACAAGGACUUGCUGUUCUUCUUUACUCACCAAGAAAUUGGAGUGCUGAUUAAAACACGUAAUCCAAGUCUUGUUGCUAAAGCUAUUCGGCGUAGAAGAGUGUUACCAACAUUGAUGGACAUGGAGUUUCCAGAAAUAAGUGUUGGAUUACCACAACCUUUGAAAGAUGAAGAAAAUGUGCACCUGGCCCAUUCUGUUCAAAUGUCAGGUAUGCCAGUAUGUCAUGGUGUUGUGAAAGGUACUGCAAGGGUCAUAACUAAAUUAGAAGAUGCAAAACAAAUCCAGAGUGGUGAAAUUUUAAUUGUACCAUAUACUGAUGUUGGUUGGACUCCAUAUUUUCCAUUGAUUGAUGGUUUAGUGACUGAGUUAGGUGGCCUUCUCUCCCAUGGUGAGACCUGCGGAAUAAUUUAUAACAAGCUUUUUAAAUUAGUAUUGCUGAACUACCUCACUGAUUGGCUGAAAGCUUUGGAUAUGAGUAAAUAUCCUGACUUGACAGUUGGAUUACUUUGCAUCUGGUCUAGAAUGCACCAUAUCAAGUGGGGUUUGACCAUAUGA